AUGAAAAUAAUUAACGCAGAAUCAGGUAAAAUAAUUUAUUCAAUAUUGAAUAGAAAAAUGGCGUUACAUAAAAAUUCUAAAUACUGCAAACAAGGUGUCUCAUCAAGAAGAAAGCUCAUAGAAAGUGUAACAAAGCGAAAUGAUAAUAAUGUGACCGGAAAGUUAUCUUAUUCUAUGAAUAUUUUAACAGAAUCUAAAGUCAAAAUGCAAAAUCAAUGGAAAUCAUUUAUUAACUCAAAAAGUUUAUUAUCGAUUGUAAAAUAUAAUGAAAAUUUUAAGUUGAUGCUUAACAAGUACUGGGUAGAUGUUACCAAAAAGUUGACGCUUUCUUCAAAUGAUUAUGAUGAAAAGAGGAAUUUUAAUAAUCAUAAUACAGUAAAUAAUAAAGAUGGUGAUCAGAAAACGGAAAUAUCUCAAAAUGAAAAACAAAAUAUGAAAGAAUUAAAAAGCAUUAAUCAAGGAGCCGGUGAUUUAAAUAUUGUUGAUAAAAAACAGAGUUUACAAUCAUCUGUUGUUGCGUCAGACCAAUUAUUGCAGAAUACAAGAGAUCAAAUACUAGCAUUACCACAAUUGUUGAACAAUUUAUUUACAAAAUUAAAUCCUCGAGUCAAAGAAUCCUUGCCAUUGACUACAGUACCAAAAUGGAAAACAUAUACUAAAAGUAAUGUCACAAAACAUAGUAUUUUAUCGAGAACUAAACACAUACUGAACAGUAUAGUUAUUGCUGAAUCAAACACCUCACAAUUAAAACGCAUCGAAGAUUUUCUAGCCCAUAUAGAACAGUAUCCGGAAGCAAGGUAUCACGCUCUUAAAGAAGGAGUAGUAAAAGUAUUGUUAAGAACAAGGCAAAAGUCUGAAGAUGAGAAAGUAAAUGAAUCUAUUCGAGAAGCUCUUGCUGUCAUAGGAUACAUUGAACCACUUCCUUGUCGAGGUAUUAGAAUUCUUUCGAUUGAUGGUGGUGGAUUGAGAGGGCUUCUAGUCAUUGAAAUGUUGAAAAAGUUAGAAAAAUUAACAGGGCGUAGAGUACAUGAGAUGUUCGAUUAUAUGUGUGGAGUCAGUACUGGUGCCAUAUUAGCAGCGAAUUUAGGAUCCCCAAAACGAAAAUCUUUAGAGGAAAUUUCUGAUUUAUAUAAAGCACUCAGCAUGAAAAUUUUUAAUCAAAAUGCACUUCGUGGGACAAGUAGUUUAGUAUGGAGCCAUGCAUACUAUGAUACUGCUUUAUGGGAAAAAAUGUUACAAGAACAGUUGGGAAAUGAAGAUCUCAUAAAAACAGCCCGUGAUCCUUGUUCACCAAAGUUUUCAGCUAUUGCAACUGUGUUUAAUGAUGCCCACGUAGCGGCAUAUAUAUUUAGAAAUUAUACAUUACCACCUCGAGUUGAAAGUCAGUAUAUGGGCUCAUAUAGACAUAAGUUAUGGGAAUCUGUUAGAGCAUCGGCUGCUGCACCAACAUAUUUUGAAGAAUUUAAACAUGGAGAUUAUAUUCUAUCUGAUGGUGGAAUAAUGGUUAAUAAUCCAUGUGCAGUAGCGAUUCAUGAAGCGAAACGUUUAUGGCCAAAUAGUCCAAUUCAAUGUGUUGUGUCAUUUGGAACUGGUAGAACCCCACCAAUUAUUCCAAAUAAUGAAGGUCAUAUAAAAGAAGGAAAUAUCGGGUCAUCUAGUUGGAAGGAUAAAUUUUACAAAAUUCUAGCAAGUGCUACUGAUACAGAAGGAGUACAUAUAAUAUUGAAUGAUCUUCUACCUGAUCACGUAUACUAUCGAUUUAAUCCAUAUUUAACUGAAAUGAUACCUAUGGAUGAGGUAAGACCUGAUAAAGUAGCAUUGUUGGAACAAGAUGCUCAAAUGUAUAUCAGAAAAAAUGAAGAUAAAUUUAAUCAAGCUGCAAUUGCGUUAAGUCAAAAGAAGACCGCAUCUCAGGCAGCUAUGGAUUGGAUUAAACUUCAAAAAGAUAUAUUAGGUCUUUAA